AUGUUUAACUAUAAAAUAGCAGUUGUUGAAGAUGCAAGUGAAAAGUUUAAUUCAUUACACUUGGAAAGUAAAGAUCAACGUGACUACUAUUCUUCACAAGUUUACCAAACUCAGCAGCAAGAAGAAGAUGGUUUUGACAGUGAAGACUAUGAUGUAGAUUCACCAGUGGAACAACCUUCUUUUGACCGUGUUGACUAUUUUCAAGAGACUUUUCAUCCAAACACAGUGGAGUAUAAUCCAGUGCCAUUGCAUCAAAACACAACAACAUAUGUUCAAGAACCAACUCAACCUGUGAGGUUCACUUACGCUUCUAUACUGCAAUCAAACAGGAAAUCCAUGUCAUCAGUUUCUACUCAAGCACCAGCCAUUAAGAGUGUCACACCUACACCUGAGUGGCAUCCAACCCCAGAUCCAGUUGCUUCGUUUGUGUCUGAAACGGCAUCCCAUGUUACAGAGGAUACUUUAGUUAACGGAGAAGGUGAAUUGAUGAUGUCUGUUUACGUGCGGAAUUUGCCCACUUCUGUUACUAGUCAAGAAAUUCUUCAAGAGUUCAAGAAUUUUGGAAGAAUUAAGCAGGAUGGUGUGUUCAUAAAGAAUCGCAAGGAUGUUGGUAUUUGCUUUGCAUUUGUAGAGUUUGAGGACAUGAGUGGUGUUCAGAAAGCUAUUGAGGCAUCCCCAAUUCAAAUAGCUGGAAAGCAAGUGUAUAUUGAAGAAAGGAGAGCAAACAGCAGUACCAGUUCUCGUGGAGGAAGAGGACGAGGAGGCGGGAGAGGAAGGGGAAGUUAUGAUUCAACAAAAGGACGUAAUGGUGGUGUUUCUAACGGCAGGGGUAAUGGACUCCGUAGCUACUAAAGUGAAAAUAACCAGGUUUUGGUUUUUGACCAUAGGUUCAGUUUUGAAACAAAGUUCACUUUUAUGAUGUCAUACGCUCUUUGUGAAUGUUGUUUCCAUCUUGUUGCAUAUCAACAACUUCUGCCCUUUUGCAAUCCGUAUUGGCAUGAAAAUUGCAAAGAUCUUAAUGAGAUGACCUCAAGUUUUUGUAGCUAA